GAGGGAGCAAUGAACACCUGGCGAGUCAGUGAGAUUUCGCUGACGCUUUUCCUGGAGUCGUUGCGGACCUCUAGAAUGAAAGAAGCAUAAUGCUCCAACUCCUGAGGCUCCAAGAGUAAAAGAGUGAUUUGAGGAGCCCAGCAUCCGGACAAAAAAACGCGUUACGCCGUCCAUGUACUCGACACGCGACCCAUUCAACCUCCGCAAUAAAGCAUCAUUAGCAGCACCUACAGCGUUUUCUCUCCUGCAAAACGCCGCGAAUAGAACCGCCUCCCAAGCCGUCGAGUCGACGAAACAGGCAGUCGAGGCCACCAAGCAGGCGAUCCACGACACCGACAUGUCCUUCGCCAUUCCACGCAACGUGCCCAACUUCGAGAACGCACAGCGCCGCUUCGAAGAUAAUGUCUGGAAUAAAGUUACUGGGAACGAGAAGGGUUUGCCUAUGUAUAAGGACAAGCCCACGGGAUAUGGAUAUGGUGGCGGUGCGAAGGGCCGGAAAGGAUUUAUGAGGAGUAAGAGAGGCAUGGGCUUGCUUGCGUUGGCGGUGUUGGGACUCUUUUACUGGUUUGGUUGGUCGAGAGGAGGUGAAGAAGUGAGAUUAGAGGGCAAGAAGAAAGAUGGCGCGAAGAGUGGGAAGGGCGGGAGUCCCAUUACGAGCGGAGGUGCCGGGGGGAAGAAGGGUAACGUGGAUUGGGAGAAGAGGAGACAAGAUGUUAAGGAUGCAUUCUUGCUCAGUUGGAAUGCGUAUGAAGAGCACGGCUGGGGCUACGAUGAGUACCAUCCUGUCUCAAAGACUGGACGCUACAUGGCAGAGCCCAAUGGCAUGGGCUGGAUCAUCGUCGAUGCUCUGGACACCUUGAUGAUCAUGAAUCUUACCAAAGAAAUCAAGCAUGCGCGCGAGUGGGUAUCGACAACUCUAAACUACGACAAGAAGCAGGACGUCAACACUUUCGAAACUACGAUACGAAUGCUCGGUGGUCUAUUAUCAGCACACUAUCUCCAAGAAGCUCUACCUGGUCUCAAGCCCGAGAAUGCCAACGAAGAAGAUUUGUUUCUUGAGAAGGCAACAGAUCUGGCAGAUCGCCUUAUGGGCGCCUACGAAUCACCUUCAGGCGUCCCUUGGGCCAGCGUGAUCUUGAAGGACAGCAAAGGCGAAGCCUCGCACGCUGAUGGCGGCGCGUCGUCCACAGCCGAAGCAACAACCCUCCAACUCGAGAUGAAGUACCUAGCUUUCCUUACAGGCGAGGCGCACUAUUGGGAGAAAGCAGAAAAAGUGAUGCAGGUCGUCGAUAACAAUGGCGCCAAAGACGGGCUUGUGCCUAUAUUCAUCUACGCGGAUAAGGGGACCUUCCGUGGCAAUGAGAUUCGAUGGGGCAGUCGUGGCGACAGCUAUUACGAGUACUUGAUCAAGCAGUACCUCCAGACGCAGAAGCAGGAGCCUGUGUAUCGGGAUAUGUGGGACGAGUCGCUUGCGGGCGCGAAGAAACACCUCCUCACCUACACGAAGAACAGCCAUCUUACCGUCCUCGCGGAACGACCCGCUGGCUUGGAAGGUCAUUUGCAUCCAAAGAUGGAUCACUUGGUAUGCUUCUUACCCGGUACGAUUGCCUUGGCAACAACCAGCGGCGCAACACUCGCAGAUGCACGAUUGAUGCGUGGAUGGGGAAAACAGCAAGAAGAAGACAUCCAGCUUGCCCGCGAACUAAUGAAAACAUGCAUGGGCAUGUACAAAGUCACAGCCACCGGUCUCGCUCCCGAAAUCGCACACUUUGAACUCGACGACCCGCCAAAGAUGUACCGCACCGAGAUCCUGAAGUCGAAAUCUAACCUCGAGCCCGACGUUCCGGAGGGCGAGGGCUGGAAGGCAGACUUCAACAUCAAGCCUGCGGAUGCGCACAACCUUCAGCGACCGGAGACUGUGGAGAGUUUGCUCUACAUGUGGCGGAUUACUGGCGAUGAUAUCUACCGCGAAUGGGGUUGGGAGAUGUUUGAAGCCUUCACCAAGUAUACUAUUGUCGAGAACGGCGGUGGGUUUUCGUCUGUUGGUGAUGUAAGGACUGUGCCUCCACCAUCGAGAGACAAUAUGGAGAGCUUUUGGCUAGCCGAAACACUCAAGUACAUGUAUCUCCUCUUCGGCCCUAACGACCUCCUGCCGCUCGAUCAGAUCGUAUUGAAUACCGAAGCUCAUCCCUUCCCGAGGUUUGACGCGAGUAAGAAGCGCUUCAAAACGGGGUGGGAGAGGAUCCCAAGGGAUGACAAGGGGAACUUGGUGCAGAAGAAAGAGGCUACGGCUAAGACUGAAGAAAAAGCUCCAGUGCUCACGGUAAAGGGGACCACGUGAAAAGAAGGGUGAGUUGAGUUUUGCUCGACACUGUAUUAUUGAUGCAUCUAUGGCGUUUGGGAUACAGCAUUCUGGAGCUGGUGAGACGCUGGAGGGCUAAUCGUAAGAAAAUCAUGUUGGCAUUCAUCGCAACCUAUAUAACAUUGCCAUGAAUAUCUCGGCCAGCGCCGUGGCGUACCAAUUAGCUGUGCAUGUAUGCAGUCAUAAUAGUAGAUACACAUGAAAGUUCAUAUAAAGACGGCAUACC